AUGGAUCCAAGCUCUUCUUUCACAGCCCUGUAUACAGCAGUCUCAGUGCUUUCUCCUCUUUUAUCUUUACCCCUAGUGCCCUCCAUCUCCGUCAAAAGGAACCAUCAGAGAGUUCUUGUUAGAAUUCCAAGAGUGUUUUCUUGGUGCACGAGUGGAAAGGAUGCGAACAACAAUGCAAAGAGCAAUACUGCAGGUAUGGAGUACUCAAAGACUGACUCGCCUUUAGAGAUUUCAAGCCAAAGGUUUUAG